AUGAUGCAAUUGCUGUCUUUCGCUCUCGCGGGCUUUGUUUUGAUAUGGCGGCAGGCUUCGAAACUUUAGUUUGUCAUGAUUUUAAAUUGCACUUUUCCCCUCCUUUAACACCGCGUGACACCUAUGACGAAGAUUAGCGAGCCCUGCAUGAGACAGCGCCGUCAUCAUGUCAUCUCCAGCCGGGCUCCAGUCCUCGCAGGCAGCAGACUUCCUGGCCAGGUGGAUGCCAAGUAGCACCAGAGCCGGGGUGAUCCUUAAACCCUGCUCGGACUUGGCUGGCUCCAUGCGGCACAUCUCUGCCGUGGGAUCCCCUCCCCUGGAGCCGGACGACUCCUUUGCCUCUGAUUUCGCUCCUCUGCCGGGCUCUGCAGACAGCAGCUGGGUAGGUGGGGAUGGAUGUGUGCGGUCGCCUGGAGAAGAGAGGACCGGGGCUGACAGGGUGGUGAACGGGCAACCACCACCUGCUGCUGCUCCGAGGGAGUCAAAUGGAGAGCUGGACAGUUUGGAUGAGAUGGCAAACACAUCACAAGACUUGCCUCUAAAGAUGAAGCUAGAACAGUUGAGGAAAUGGCAGCAGCACAUGCAGGAGCAGCUCAAAGCUCACCAGCUGGAGGAGCUGCUGCGUCUGCAGGAGGAGCAGCAGAGGCUGCUGGGAUUGAUGAAUGGAUCGCAGGACUGCACCGAAGUGACCCCAUACAGCCGCUAUAUGAACUGCCAUAGGGUCCAACAGGGCUCCACCUGUGGCCUCCGUCAGGAACAGGAGCCGUCACCAGCAAGGAGACGGGCUGAGCUACAGAGAGGCCGGAACUAUGAGGAGACUGAGGAUGAGGAAGAGGGAUCAUGGGACUCCAGAGACGGCGACCAGGAGCAGAGUUUGGAUGCCAGCCGUUUUCAUGAGCACGAUGACACCUUAAUACCAAGUAACAGAGAAGCUUUGAAUCAGAUGAACAGAGCUAAAGGAGAUGACGAGUUCUCUGACAGACCUAUAAAGGCAGGAAUCGGGGUUCAGAAGAGGACGUUUGAGGAGCUGUUGGAGGAGCAGCUGAGGCUGGAGGAGCAGAGGCUGAGAGGCAGCCGACAACAGCAGGACCAAGAUGGAGCUGAAGCCGCACACGCUCCUCCAAAGAGAGCUUUCCUGAAGCGAGGCGAGGGCCUCUCCAGAUUUACCAACAACCGAAAAGCCUCCUCACCAAAAACAGACAUAAAGAAAGAUCCUAAACCACAACCCCAGUCCAGAGUCCUGUCCCGCAGCAAGUCAGAGCCUGUAUCGUUCCAGAGAGGCGGGUCUAACGGGGUCCAGAGGCUUCCUGUGCAGCGUAAAACCGCCUCACUCAACAAGGAGAACAGACUGAAAGGUGUCAGUUCCCCUCCUCAGGACAUCAGAGCGGAGAGUAAAGCGGCUCGGACUAAGGUUCUUGGUAGUCAUCAGAGACUGAACACGGACGCACAGAAGCCCCUUCAAAUGGACUCACAACGCCAACACGAGGAGAACAACAGGAAGGGGGGUCCGCCAGCUCAGGCGUUCUCUCGGAGCAGUGGUCCCAACAUGAAGCCGAACCCUGUAACCAAACAGGUGGGCGUGUUCACCGGGACCGUCAGGACUGAGAGGGAGGCUGCCAGAGAGAGGAGUUCCAGCUCAAGGGAAGAAUCAGCGGAGGAAGGAACCGGGUCAGAAGGAGAGGGAGGAGGAGGAGGAGGAGGAGGAGGAGGAGGAGGAGGAGGAGGAGGAGGAGGAGGAGGAGGAGGAGGGGUUCCCCAGGAAUCGUUCGAGCUGUCGUUCCAGGAGAAGCUGCGGUGCUGGGACGGCGACCUGCAGCUGGAGAACAUGGAGCUGGGAGAGUUUGAGCUUCUGGAGCAAGCAGCCGAGGAGCUGUCCUUCUCCUCCAACUCCUCCUUCGUCAUGAAGGUUCUUCAGAUGGACCAGCUGCAGGCGGCCCGGGGUCACCCCCCACGACGGCUCUCCUCCACCCCCAUCAAGUCCCCUCCUAAAGGCGCCCCUCAGAGACGCAGCAGCAUCGGCAGCAGCGGUUGUCUGGUGGUUAGAAGCGGCGGCGUGAACUCUGAAGUGUUUGUGGUGAGAGUCAGAGACGAUGCGUUCAAGGACAAACCGAGCAUCAAGGAUAAACGUGAAAGUGACCACAGGGAAGGAAACGACCACGUGAACUCUGAUGUUUCAUCCUGUGACGGCUCUGAAUUUGAAGACCAGCAAGUGGCGGUCAAACCACCUUCAUUACCCAGCACCCUUAGCUUUCCUGCCCCGCCGAACCUGCCGUAUGAUAAGCGGUCUUAUCAAGACGAGGACAGCUGCAGAGACUCGGCUUCUCAGGUCGAUGACGGCGAGAGCGACAGCGUCCUCAGCAACACGGACGAGUCCACUCUCAUAGAGGACAGAGACGGGCUGCAGGGCCGGGUCGUGUUCGAUGACAACGACACCUGGAACGACCUGGAGGACACUGCAGUCAGCUCAGCCAGUGACAGCAGAGGACACAGCCCAGUUUCCAGGGUAACAGCCAGCAGAGUCUCACCUCCGGAGCGGACUCUGCAGAGGAAGGUGGCAGCGGGCAAAGCUGUGGAGACGGAUACUGGGUCAGCCAAUCAGGAGGCAAAUCCUGCUCCGGCCUCCCAGCUCAUGACGAGGCUGUUCCCCUCUCUGAAGCCAAAGACCCAGAAUGCACCUCUCCCUCCUCCUCCUCCUCUUCCUCAUCAUCCUCAUCAUCAUCCUGCUGCUGCUCUGGAGUCCAAAAAGUCAGAGGAGGAGUCAGGUCAACAGGUCCAGUCCAGACAGCUGAGAGAGAGGCUGGUGGAGCUGGAGAUCGAGAUCGAGAGGUUCAGGAAGGAGAACGCAGCGCUCACCAAACUCAGACAGGAGAACGAGAGGAACCAGGAAGCUCUCAGGAAAGAGCGUUUGGAGUUCGAGAAGAUGAAGGCCGAGGAGCUCGCCAAGUUUGAGGAGCACAAGAGAGAGGAGAACAGGAAGCUUCAGAGGGAACGCAAACUGUUUGAGAAGCACGCGUCGGCUGCCCGAGCUGUGCCCGACAAGAAGGAGCGAGAAGAAAUCCAGGUGUUGAAGCAGCAGCUGAGCUCCCUGCAGGAGGAGCUGAGGGGGAGGGAGAGCCGCUGGGCCUCCACACACGGCCGACUGCGGCAACAGGUCGACACGUUGAACCAGGAGAACGGUUCUCUUCAGGAAGAGAUCAAAGUGUUGGAAAAGCUUCGGCUCAGCGCCUGGAAGAGAAGUCCGGUCAACGCAGAGACGGACAAAGGAUCUAAAGACGGUCCCAAAGUGUCUGAGAGCAACGUCUCAUCCGUAACCAAAGGAGUGAAGUUUGCUAGUCCUCUCGACUCCAGAGCGAGCAGCAGCAGUCCUCCUCUCAGUAUCACGGCUGCACCCUCAGGGAAGAGCUGCAGGGAGAGCAGUCAGGCCGCUGCAGCAGCGAUGAAGAGCAGCCUGAGAAAACCAUCACUGCCCAUCUCCUUCUCGUCCUCCGCCUCUUCCUCUUUAUUCCCGGUGAGGAGGAAAGAGGAAAAGUUGACUCCUCCUCCUCCUUCAUGCAAGAGCCAGGACAAACCGCCAACCCAGGAGAAGUCUCAGGAUCAAUCCCCGAGGACAGAUUGUCUACCACAGGAACCUGAAAGCAGCGUGGCAAAGGAGCCAGAGUCAGCUCAGGAGGUGAUCACACACCCUGAUGGGAAGAUCGAGAAAGUCCUGGCGAGCGGCGACCGUCUCAUCUCCUUCCCCAACGGGACCAAGAAGGAAGUUUCAGGAGACGGACAGACGGUCAAAGUGACCUUCUUCAACGGAGACACCAAGCAGGUCACAGCAGACCAGAGAGUGAUCUACUACUACGCUGAAGCCCAGACUACACACGUCACCUACCCUGACGGCAUCGAGGUCCUGCACUUCCCCAACAACCAGACAGAGAAACAUUACCCAGACGGCCGGAAAGAAAUCACCUUCCCAGAUCAGACCAUCAAAAACCUUUUCCCUAACGGCCGAGAGGAGAGCGUGCUGACGGACGGGACCAUCAUACAAGUCAACCCGGAUGGCAUCAAGGAGAUCCACUUCAACACGGGCCAGAGGGAGAUCCACACGGCCGACUACAAGAGGAGAGAGUAUCCUGAUGGCACCGUGAAGACCGUCUACACGGACGGGAGGCAGGAAACACGCUACCCCACGGGACGGCUCAGGAUCAAAGACAAAGACGGGAACAUCAUCGCAGACAACCGGGUGUAGAAACACGGAUGGGGAUGCAAAGUUUAAAGAUCCUGAAAGGUCUCAGAGACUAAGACCAGAACAGUUCUACUCCUAAAGACAACCUUUUACUAAAGUCAGAGGCGGUGAAUGAGUUUGAAGAAGCCUUUUUGAAUACGGCUUGUUUUUAUUUAUGCUUCAUGUUUUUCAGACUUUAAGGAGACUCACUUUGUAAAGAGGAACUCAUCAGAACACCUUCAGUGUUUCAGACGCAGUGAGACUCUGACACCACAGAGAGGUGUCCUAAACUCUGCAGAAAAAUCCCUUCUUCAUCUCUGGCUCUGUCAGGAUAUUUUUAGUUUAGGGGCUUUACCACUACACUGAGUUCAUGAUCUGAAUAUUUGAAACAUAACUCAGUUUCUGAUUUCAGUAAAGGUCUGGGAAUGAUGAAA